UGGGUUGGGUCUGGAUUAGCUGCUGGAGCCCGGCUGGUCGAGGGCUGCUCCUGGAGCACCGCUCCUGCAGGAUGCUCUCUGGUGUCUGGAAGCAUCAGAUGCCGCUGCAGCCCUACAUGGAUCACUGAGGCGAAUAGGCAGCACUAAUCAUGAACCGAGCUUACGUCUCACACACUUUGUUCAGAUAGAAAGCAUUAAGCGAGCGGGCGUCACCUUCUCUCUCACUUCUGAGGACGGCGAGGUGUCGCUGAACGUCAACCUGCCGGAUCGAUCUCGAGUAGCAAGUUCUCCUAAGUUCUUGAAUCUUCCUUCAAACAGAGCCCAGGAUCACCUGGGUUUCACCAAGGGCUUCCCAAGUUUUUUUUAACCCUACGUUGCGGUCCAAAAGCAACGGGUUCAUCCAGGCUUCGAAUCCAUCAUGUGGAAGGGUGCUGAGACCUCCGACGGCGGGCUUGCUAGAUGCUUCCCGGGAACGUGGAUGGUGUCCAGCCCGCUUCUUCUGCUGCUCGUCAGCGUAGGAGCAGCCCAAGUGGAUGAUGAUUUCCUGGGACUGGGUGAGCUUCCCGAGACGUUCCCCUCCGACCCCCCGGAGUCCCUCCCCCACUUCCUGAUAGAACCGGAAGAGGCCUAUAUCGUCAAGAACAAGCCGGUAAUCCUACACUGCAAGGCCACACCCGCCACGCAGAUCUACUUCAAGUGCAACAGCGAGUGGGUGCACCAGAAAGAUCACACCGUGGAGGAGCGUGUGGACGACACCUCGGGGCUGCUGCUCAGGGAGGCCAGCAUCGAGAUCUCACGUCAACAGGUGGAGGAGCUCUUUGGUCCGGAGGAUUACUGGUGCCAGUGUGUGGCCUGGAGCUCAGCUGGGACCACCAAGAGCCGCAAGGCCCAUGUCCGCAUUGCUUAUCUGAAGAAGACCUUUGAACAGGAGCCACUGGGGAAGGAGGUGUCUCUGGAGCAGGAGGUGCUACUGCAGUGUCGCCCACCUGAGGGGGUCCCUCCUGCGGAGGUUGAGUGGCUAAAGAACGAGGAGCCCAUCGAUCCGGCGGGCGAUCGGAACUUCUACAUCACCAUCGACUACAACCUGAUCAUCAAGCAGGCCCGUCUGUCCGACACGGCCAACUACACCUGCGUAGCCAAGAAUGUGGUGGCCAGGAGGAGGAGUACCACAGCCACCGUCAUCGUCUAUGGUGUGAGACGUGGGGUUGAGUUUCGUUUCUGCAGUACUCACCCACUCUGGGCCGGGCCGGGUCUUUCUCCUCCGAGUAGUGCUUGCGAGCGUAUGCGUGAGUGUUCCACAGGUUGCAGCUUUGGGGUGAUACUCACUCCCUUGCUAUCUCACCAUCCCGCAGUGAAUGGCGGCUGGUCCAUAUGGACCGAGUGGUCAGCAUGCAGCAGCCGCUGUGGGCGGGGCUACCAGAAGCGAACCCGCAGCUGCACCAAUCCCACCCCUCUCAAUGGGGGCAGCAUCUGCGAGGGGCAGUCUGUCCAGAAGCUGGCCUGUACCUCUCUCUGUGCAGUGGACGGGCUCUGGACAGAGUGGAGCAAGUGGUCCACCUGUGGCACAGAAUGCACCCACUGGCGACGGCGGGAAUGCAGCGCCCCCGCACCAAAAAAUGGAGGCAAGGACUGCGAGGGUGUGCUGCUGCAAUCACAGAACUGCACCGAUGGGCUGUGCAUGCAGAGUUCGUUAUAUCAGAUGUCAGCUGAGCCUGACGCCAAGAAUGAUGUUGGAUUUUCAUCCGCCCCCAGCACGGAUGAGGUGGCGCUCUACGCCGGCAUCCUCACCGCCGUCCUCAUGUGCCUGGCCGUCUCCACUGUAGUGGCAUUCCUCAUCUACCGCAGGAACCGGCACAGCUUCAGCUCAGAGGUCGACUCGUCAGUGCUCAGUGGGGGAUUCCAGCCGAUCCAUCUCAAGACCAGCCGGACAGCUGAGCUGUUGACGACCCCUCCAGACCUGACGUCUGCGGCAGCCAUGUACCGCAGGCCUGUCUACGCCCUCCACGAAUCCUCCGACAAGAUUCCCAUGACCACCUCGCCUCUCCUUGACUCUCUGCCUAACUUGAAGAUCAAAGUGUACAGCUCGCCUGGCCUGGCUCCCUCCCAGGAGGAGCUCUCGGACCCGGGCUCGGGGGGGUCCCCAAAGAUCACCAACCCCCUACUGGAUGCAGAGAUCAUGACCUUGCGCAAGCAAAGCUUAGCUCGAAUCCGUGAUCCCUCAUGUACUGCCCUUGGGACCUUCAACUCUCUGGGAGGGCACCUCAUCGUGCCCAACUCAGGAGUCAGUCUGCUGAUCCCGGCUGGAGCCGUACCCCAGGGCAGGGUGUAUGAGAUGUUCGUGACCGUGCACAGGAAGGAGAGCAUGAGACCUCCAGUGGAAGAGGGAGAGACAGUUCUGAGCCCAGUGAUCAGCUGUGGACCCCCAGGGGCCCUCCUGAACAGGCCUGUGAUUCUCACCAUGCAUCACUGCGCUGAGGCUUGGAGCCUGGACUGGCAGAUUCAGCUGAAGAACCAGUGUGCCCAUGGCGAGUGGGAGGAUGUGGUGGUGGUGGGGGAGGAGAGCUACAGCACACCCUGCUACAUCCAGAUGAACGAGGAGGCUUCUCACAUGCUGACGGAGACGCUGGGAACCUACUGCCUGCUGGGCAGGUCGCUCAGCAAGGCAUCGGCCAAGAGGCUGAAGCUGGCCGCCUUCGGGCCCCUGGUCUGCAGCGCCCUGGAUUACCACAUCCGCGUCUACUGCCUGGACGACACUCAGGACACUCUCAAGGAGGUCCUGCAGAUGGAGAAGCAGAUGGGUGGCAAGUUGCUAGAUGAACCGAAGACCUUGACCUUCAAGGACAGCAGCCACAACCUCAGGCUGUCCAUCCAUGAUAUCCCUCUGACUCUGUGGAAGAGCAAACUGCUGGCCAAGUACCAGGUGAGGCCGCGUGGAGUGGGAGGGGCCACGGCCGGGACUCCCAGGCCUGACGUCCAUCUCUGUCCGCGACAGGAGCUGUCGUUCUCUCAGGUGUGGAAUGGCAGCCAGCACUGCUUGCACUGCAUCUUCUCACUGGAGCGCUCCAGCUUCCGGGUGACGGAGCUCGCCUGCCAGCUGUGCGUGCGCCAGGUGGAGGGCGAGGGCCAGAUCUUCCAGCUCUACAGCACCCUGUUGGAGAACACCCAGAGCAUCGAGACCUCGCUGCUCGAUCCGGCCAGCAGCAUCACCACGCUUGUGGGUCCCAGCGCCUUCCGGAUCCCGCUUUCCAUCCGGCAGAAGCUCUGCAGCAGCCUGGAUGCCCCCCCACCACGGGGCAAUGAUUGGAGAAUGCUGGCACGCAAGCUCAACCUGGACAGGUAUUUGAACUACUUUGCCACCAAGUCAAGUCCAACUGGUGUGAUCUUAGACCUGUGGGAGGCCCAGCACUUUCCUGACGGCAAUCUGAACCGGCUGGCCGCUGUGCUGGAGGAGAUGGGACGCCACUGCAGCAGCGCCAGCAUGCCAGAGCUCUGACGUCAGCAAAAAGCCCUGGACUGGCCGAGUGACCACACCUGGCAUUUGAGGCUCACGCGGCCUUGGAGAGCAGCGGGCGAAUGCUGUCCAGUCAUGAAAGUCAUAUUAAAACUCCAGAAUUGAAGUCCAGCUUUGUUUCGAUGGAUGAAGAUGAAACCAAUUACCACCAAAUGCAAAUGGGACUUUGUUGCUUGGACCACAGAGUCCUUGGUAGAUAUUUCUUAACCUUGAUAGUUUCUGAGGAAACGGAAUGUCCUCUUGUCCAUAUAUGUGGAUGCCGGGCUGCUCUGGACAGUGCAGCAUGUGGACCCUUUGGUCAGGUGAAGGUAUAUGAGCCUUGAUGCACUCGGAGUCCCCUGUGUGCCGCAUACGGUCAUGUUACACCAUCUGACUUGCAUACAGCACUUAGGACUUCAAGUGGUCACUGUUUUUAAAUCAUCACAUUUUGUAUACGCAUUAUACUUCUUAUGAAUUUUAUAUUUAAUAUAACUUGCUUUUGUUACAUGAUGCCAUCUAGUGGACAUAUGCAGGGACUACAUCUGCUGGCAGACUAGAUUAUUGUUCAAACCUGUAAAUAGCAAAACUGAUUUUGGGGGGGUCUGCUGAAGGGAUUUAGUCCACUUUUUCUAUUGCCAUUUUUCUAAAUUGAGCCCUUCGUGGGACAUCCGGGUGAUGUGGACACUAGUGAUGGUAAAAACAACGCGUCAUGAACCAUUUGUGGUAUUUUUUGACCCCACUAGAUGGUGCUCUUAGCUCGCUUUGGAGGUUUUCUUUGAGCCCUUUUUCGAGCUCCUUUUUGGAGCAGACAGCACCAUCUAGUGGGGACAGGAAAUACAGCAAAUGGUUCAUGAAGUGUUGUUUUUGCCAUCACUAGUGGACAUUGUCUGCUGUGGGUGGCUCUCUGAUGUCACCACAGGCCCAGACCAGGAGGACAUGACACUUGCCUGGAUCUGCCCUGAACAUCUAACUGCCGUGGUUCAGUGUCGUCCCAGUGUGGGUUGGGCUGUCCUUGUUCCACAUCACCUUUGCCUUCUGAAGACUGCAUGUUAGCCUCUACUAGACUAAACCUAAACAGGUAAACUUUGGUAUGAUGGUGAUGAUGUACAGAUGUCCAGGUCACUGUAUGUAGGAUGUUCUUCACUCUCCUGCUGAGAUGUCACCUUCUCUGUCUAUGCAAACCUGCUGGCAAAGCCUGGCCACCCCGAUGCUCGUCCUGUUGCCAUAUCUGCGAUCCGCUCUGUGGGAUCUACAUGCUCCCUGUAAAUGCUGACAUAUCCUCUUUCAGGGCUCUGUACAAAUGUAAGGUUUAAAUAAGCAAUAAAUUAUAUUUAUAAGCAAGACCCAGGAAACCUU